AUGGCAUCAGAUAACGCAAACGAUAAGUUCAAUGAUAUGGGCGCCCAAAUAUCUCGCAAGUUCCGCUCAAACUCUACUUCGCGAAAGCUUUCUACCCUGAUUUCCGAUUCGGAAACCAGCAAUGUUUCUUCUGAGUCAAAAUACCAUAAUGUUCCUUCAUCAUCAUACUGGCUUGCCAGUGAUAGAAGUGAGCAAGACCGUCUGAUGGGUGAGCAUUUUGCCAUCAAGGAGGUAGUCGGUGGAAACAUCUUGACCAAGGCUAUGGAAAUCCUUGACUUGGAGAAAGGUGUCAAGAUUCUCGAUAUUGGCUGUGGCCCAGGUACCUGGGUACUGGAUGUUGCUACUGAACACCCCAACUGUGAAGUUACUGGUAUCGAUAUGAGCAACAUCUUCCCUCAGAAUAUCCGCCCUCCAAACGCAAACUUUUUGAUUGCAAAUGUUCUCGAGGGUCUUCCCUUGGAGGACAACAGCUUUGAUUUCAUUCAGAUCCGCCAGAUGGUUGCUGCUUUCACUAUCCCUGAAUGGCCCCUCGUAAUCAAGGAGUGCAUCCGAGUAAUUAAGCCCGGAGGACUUCUUCAGAUUGCAGAGGCCAAUUACAAAGACAGUGGCGAGGGUGCUUCUCUUUUGAUGGUUCAGACAGUUCAAAAGUUUUGCCAGCUUCGUAACCAGGAUCCUUUUAUUGGAGCCCACAUUUCUGAUCUUAUGGCUAACGAAGGUCUCGAAAUCGUUCAAAAGAUAUGCAAAAGUGUGAACCAGGGUGAUGACAGUAAGGCUGCAGCUGAAUGGAACUGGGAUUGGUGCCACUUUGCCGAUAUCAUGAGAGAUGUUUUCGGUCCCUUCCUCAAUAUCCCAGAAAAUGAGUAUGACGCCUUUAUCACCGAGCUUGAGAAGUCUAUGAAGGAGAGCAACUUCCACACCUAUGCCAAUACUGUAGUUGGUCAAAAGCCUUUUGCUUAA